GGUCCGACGAAACCCGCGUCCAAACAGAGCCCUUCGUCUCCGUCGCGAGAGCCUUUAUAUAGAGAAAGACGAAGGAGAAUGGGAAGACCGUCGUCUUCAGCCGAGCGUGGCCACUGUCGUCGUCGGGUACCCUACUGCGCACGAACCGGCUCUUCCAACAAUUGUAAGCCCUCUUUGCUUCCAAGAGCGUGAAGAGUUAUGGCACCUAACCUUAGAGUAAAGGCAGCCUUUAUGGCAAUGAAGGGUAUUGGAAUCAGUGAAGACAAGGUGAAGCCAGUGCUGAAGAAACUCCUGAAAUUAUAUGAAAAAAACUGGGAGAUGAUUGAGGAAGAAAACUAUAGAGUUCUUGCGGAUGCUAUAUUUGAUGAGGAGGAUGACCAGGUUGAGGUGCAAAAGCGAAAAAGUACAGCAGAUGAGGAUGACUUGGAGGAAGAAGCUCAAAUGCAUGAGGUUGAACGCCCGUUAAAAAGAUUGAGGUUGAGAAACCAAGAAUCUCAGGGCUUAGCUUCUCCUAGUAAUCAAAAUUCUCAAUUAGGCAGAACUUCUUUCCAGCCGAUGGUUGAGCAGCAAGAAAUCCAAUCUUCUUCAGUCCGACAAAUUAACAUGAACAAGGGAAAACAACCCAUUUCUCCCAUGGCUUUGGCAGUAGUUGAAAGAAAUAACCUGUCACAGCUCUCUACUACUAAAGUUAGUGAAACAUGUUCAGUAAUGUCCUUCGAUACUUCUAUCAGAAUAAGAGAUAAAGGGAAGGGGCCUCUUUCUCCUCAAUUUAUCGAUGGAAGCUCUAUAUCUGAGAGGCCAUGUGAUGAACCAAAGGAUGAGAGAUAUGAUGAUGAGGAGCCCUUGAAUGAAACUCCUAUUGCAGCUAUACUUCCAGAUCCAAUCAAUAAAGGAGAUUUGGCCCUUAGGAAGGAGAUGAUUGGUGGAAGAGGCAGAGCUGUCUGCACAUCAUCGAGUGAGUAUAGGAACGACCAUGAGCAUGCUAACAUUGCAGAGGAAUCUCCCACCAACCUAGAGAUUGCCUCCUCGCCCUUGGGAGAGGACACUCUCAAUGUUGGAAGCCGUAAAACAAACUCCUUUGUACCCAAUAAUGCUUCCAAUGGAUCUCCUGAUGUUCAAGGAUCAAUUGGGGCAGCUGCACCACGAAUUCCAAGAUUUCGGGGGUCUUUAGAUGGUAGUAAUAAUCACUUGAAAAUGAACAAAAACAAGACCACAAUUGAUUGUGCUGGAAGUCAAAGGAAGCUGUCAGAAGAACAUGAAGAUGCUGAUUCGCGUAGUCUGGUGGUUUUCUCGAAGAGUCAGUCAACUCCUACUGAUCUGAGGUCUGUCCAUGAUGUUAAGGACAUAGCCAAAGGAGAAGAAAGAGUAAAAAUACCAUGGGUUAACAAGAUUGACGAGCAAUGUCCACCAUCCUUUCACUACAUACCUCAAAGCCUCGCUUUCUCUAGUGCUUCUAUCAAUUUCUCCCUUUCUGAGAUCGGAAAUGAGAAUUGCUGUUCAAAUUGUUAUGGUGACUGCCUGCCUUCUCCAGUACCCUGUGCUUGUGCAUGUGCAAAUGGGGGCGAGUUUAUAUACACUGUGAAAGGUCUUGUAAAGGAAGCUUUUUUGUUGAAGUGUAUUUCUGUCAAUCGGGACCCUAAAAAGAGCCACCACUUGUAUUGUCGGGAAUGCCCUCUAGAAAAGUCAAAAGAUAACAACAUUUUAGAACCGUGUAAGGGCCACCUGAAGAGAAAAUUUAUCAAAGAGUGCUGGAGAAAGUGUGGUUGUGGUAAACAUUGUGGCAAUCGAGUGGUGCAGCGGGGCAUAAGUUAUAAUAUGCAGGUGUUUAUGACGCCUGAAGGAAAAGGGUGGGGUCUGCAAACACUGGAUGAACUGCCUAAAGGUGCAUUUGUAUGUGAGUACAUAGGUGAAAUAUUAACCAUCAAGGAAAUGCAUGAGCGAAAUUUGAAGAAGGGUGACGCUGCGAAACGUACUUAUCGGGUGCUCCUUGAUUCUGAUUGGAGCUCCAUGUGUGUGAAGGAUGAUGAAGCUCUUUGUUUGGAUUCAACGACCUUUGGAAACAUUGCUAGGUUUAUCAACCAUAGAUGUUAUGAUGCCAAUUUAAUUGAGAUCCCAAUUGAGGUGGAGACCCCAAAGCAUCACUACUAUCGUCUUGCGUUAUUCACUACUAGAAAAAUACAGGCCUUGGAAGAGCUGACAUGGGAUUAUGGAAUUGAGUUUGACGACCAUGAUCAUUCUCUCAAUGCAUUCCAGUGUUUAUGUGGCAGUAGGUUCUGUCGAAAUGUAAAACGUUCGAACAGAGUUAAGAAAGUGAGAUGACAAGCUCAUCAUGCUAAGGCCAGAAUGGCUGGUUUGGAGGGCAGGUCUAUUUUGGUGUUAUGCCCUCAAGUUUUGUAAGAUAUAUGGUUCAGGUGCGAAAGUUCAGACACUCUCAGCUUUUGGUGUACAGGAUCUUUUGGAUGUAUAGUCCUUUCUUUGUACUGUCUCCCAUCUCCGCGCUCGGUCCUCUGUUGGGGUGUUUCUGUUCAACUUCUGGGUUAGGCUUUCGAGAAGAAGGGAUGCAAAGGAUUGCUAAGGAUUAUUGCUCAUGUUUUGUCUUCUACCACAAGGCAAUUUCUGACGAGUGCCCUUAAGUGCUUCAUGUAUUUAUUUAUCUUUGGCCUUUGUACAAGGGUAUUCUCUCAAUCGUGUAGGGAGGUUAGCUAAUUCUGGAAGCUCCAGAUUACAUUACAUUGUUAAUAGUAGUCUCCCCGCUCCUGCAAGGCUUAUUGCUCAA